CCCGACCGGAAGCAAAACUUUUUGGCCCAUCGCGCGUUCGCAUACACUUCGUUUGUGCUCGUCAGCAAUGGCCUCAGACUCGAAGACGGAGGACGCCUCAACUAGAACAUCCCUCACUGUUCAUGCAAAGGAGCAUGCAGAGGAGCAUGGAAGAGUCCCAUUCUCUACUCUCGACCUUUCGGAGAAAACCAUCAAAGGAAUCGAGGACAUGGGCUUCGAAACAAUGACGAGAAUUCAAGAAAGAACCAUCCCCCCACUGCUAGCCGGUAAAGACGUACUGGGAGCUGCAAAAACUGGCUCCGGGAAAACCCUGGCUUUUCUUAUCCCGAGCGUCGAACUGCUGUACAAAAUGAAGUUUUUGCCCCGAAAUGGCACCGGCGUCAUAAUAAUAUCUCCAACGAGAGAGCUUGCGCUCCAAAUCUUUUCUGUUGCCAAGGAGUUGAUGAAACAUCACUCCCAGACAUUGGGUAUUCUCAUGGGUGGAGCCAGCCGACAUGCAGAGACUCAGAAGCUCGAAAAAGGCGUCAAUUUACUUGUUGCUACGCCUGGUCGACUGCUUGACCACCUCAAUAGUACAAAGGGUUUCGUCUAUCAUAAUUUGAAGGCAUUAGUAAUCGAUGAAGCGGAUCGGAUCAUGGAGAUUGGGUUCGAACGCCAGAUGACUCAGAUCAUCAAAUUCCUACCAAACGAGAGUCGACAAUCGAUGCUGUUUUCAGCCACGCAAACGACACAGGUUACUGAUCUUGCUCGGAUAUCUCUCCGCCCAAACCCCAUGUUCAUAGACGUCGAGCAAAAAUCGGAUGCUAGCACAAACAUCACACUCUCACAAGGCUACGUCGUGUGUCCGUCCGACCGACGGUUCCUGUUAUUAUUCACAUUCCUGAAAAAGAACAUGAAGAAGAAGAUCAUUGUGUUCUUCUCCACCUGCAGAUCAGUCCAGUAUUAUGCCGCAUUGCUAAAUUAUAUCGAUAUCCCUGUUCUCGAAUUACACGGGAGUCUGAAGCAGGCAAAAAGAACGUCCACAUUCUUCGAGUUUACUAAUGCAUCGCACGGGACGCUCUUAAGCACUGAUGUUGCUGCACGGGGGCUCGAUAUACCUGCAGUAGACUGGAUUAUCCAGUUUGACCCUCCGGAUGAUCACAAGGCAUACAUUCAUCGUGUAGGUCGGACGGCGCGUGCUGGGAAAUCAGGCAACAGUCUUCUCUUCCUCCUUGAAAGUGAACUCGGUUUUCUUCGAUUCCUCCGCGAUGCCCGUGUGCCACUCAAUGAAUUCACCUUCCCUCCCGAACGCAUUGCAAACGUCCAAUCACAAUUAGAAAAGCUUCUUAAAGAGAACUUCCAUCUCUAUGACGCCGCCAAGAAAGCUUACCAGUCCUACCUUAGAGCAUAUUCGACUGCCACUCUAAAGAAGGUCUUCGAUGUGCACCAGCUUGACUUGACUAAGGUUGGAAGGGCGUUUGGUUUCUCUGUGCCCCCAGCUGUUGACAUAGAUUUUGGGGGGAAGAGGAAGCGUGAGAAAGAUGAUGAUGGCGCAGUUCCUGCGCGGAAAAAGAAGUGAGGGAAUGCCAACCGAAGGGGAUGCGUGGGGAAGGAGGGUGAGAUGGUGGAUGAGGGUGGUAGCCGGGGAUCCAGUUCCUGUCCGGUAUAUACGUUGUACUAGAUUAUUUUUGCUUGGUUGGCGGGUGCGCUAAUUGCGCUCUAUGCUUUACUGUUUAGUACGUUGGGCCAGGGUAGCUCCUGUCAUGCCAAGUGGCACAAAGUCAGCUCUAACGACCAGUAUUUGCUUUGAAGGAAACAUUAAAUCCAAGCAGCAUGUUG